UCUGUUUGGAUGCUUAUAGGAAGAUCUCGAUAUGGUAUUGUGUCGCGGGUCAGUCAAAGAAAGGAUUUUCAAUCCAUGGAUGGAGCUGAUGAGUAGUCAAGGCUGUCAAUUUGUGGACAAUAAAAAGGUGAUAGAUUUUUCAGUCGAUGAGGAAACAGGUUGCAUUUCAGACGUAGUUUGUGACAAUGAGACAUACAGGGCAGAUGCAAUUAUUUUGGCUGUUGGAAUUUCCACGGUCCAGGAACUCACUAAGAAUAGUGCGGCAUUAAAUACAAGAGAGGAGUUCUUGAAGGUUUUAAACCUGGCUGCCAGUGAUUUGGUCUCUACUAAACUUUGGCUGGACAAGAAGAUCAAGAUUCCAUUUGCAAGGAAUGUCUGCUCUUCCUUUGAUGAUUCAUCUGGGUGGACUUUCUUUAACUUGAACAAACUUUUCGAUGAGCAUAGGAACAGUCCAGUAACAAUUGUCCAAGCUAAUUUUUAUCAUGGUAAUGAGUUGGUACCGCUCAAAGACGAAUACAUAGCUACAAAAGUAAUGUCUUAUCUCUCCAAGUGCGUCAAGGACUUUGAGGCAGCUCGUGUUACCAAUGUGGAAAUUGCCAAAUUUCCAAAAUCUUUGACACAUUUCUUUCCAGGUUCAUACAAAUAUAUGAUGCGUGGAUCUACAUCUUUCCCGAACUUAUUCAUGGCUGGAGAUUGGAUUAUUUCGCGGCACGGAUCAUGGUCACAGGAAAAAUCUUACGUGACUGGACUCGAGGGUGCCAACCGGGUGGUAGACUUUCUUGGAGAAGGAAACUAUGCUAAAAUAAUUCCAUUAGAGGAAGAUGAACCUCAUAUCCAAGCUCUCAGAAACCUUAACAGAAACUUCAAGGAGCUCAGCUCUCAAUUUCCACUGUCUAAUUAUUUCCUCUAGUGAACCUUGCAUUCGAAUAUUCUAAUAUGUUGCGCUGAUCUCUCAUAGUUCUUCGUGCUCAUGCAGUGUUAUUAUAGCAUCAAGUUCAACGUGUAUGCUAUAAUUUUCGAGACUAUACACUUUACACCAUAUUUUUUAAACUCAGUUUAGCCCAAUAAAUUAAUAUAAAAA